AUGCCCGACAUUGAAGGCCCCUACCCUGCAGCCCCCCCGCUGCCGAUUCGUUCCAACAGGGUUCUCUACAACUUUGACCGUGGACUCGCUCAGCAAGCUGGACCGAGCAAGUCUCGCCUCCCUCUUGCCACAUCUCCUCCCGCUGCUGUUCCACACCACAUCCAUUCCACUUUCUCUCUCGACCACACGCCGCGUGCAGACAGCAUGUACACGCCCCCAUCCGAUUCGCGCAUCCGCUCCCCCAAGAUCGACAGGUCGCGUCGCCCACAUAGUGCCUACCCUCCCACCGACGAGCCAGUCUACCAUGUCCAACGCAAGUACACCGACCCAACUCCACACUCCGGCGCGUACCCUGGGUCGGAGCAGCCUCCUAGCCCGAUGCCCUCGGGGUCCAACCCGCAGCUCGAUGUCGAUCUUGAUGUCUACGCCCAGGAUUACAACGAACUCGACGACGACAUGCGCCAGCUUGGUGACGACAUGCGCGAGCCGACGUUGAGUUUCGCCACGACGUCGACUGUCGACUCGACCACGAGCUCACCAUCUAUUGGCGAGGCGUACACAUAUGACAGUGAACGGGUAGUGGAUGGAAAACCAGAGCACGAGCCUCGCAUCCGCAUGAGGACGGGGCGCCAGCACGCGUAUUCAUCUGCAGAGUCCUCGAUGGUCUCUGGCGCGUUCUCUUAUCACGCUUACAGCGAAUACAGCCAGCAACCACCAGUCCCCCCUCUCCCAGCCGACAUCAGCAUGGGGCUCAACCGCAACGGCUACCGUGUGUCUCCAAACGACACCAACUCUACAGCAAGCUAUCACGCCGCGUCUCCCGUCUCGUCGUACGCACAGCACCAGCCAUGGCGCUCGCCGGUCAUGGCGAGGGAUCGCAGCCUCUCCGUCUCGACCACGGACGACACUGAGGGUUCGUCAGGCUCGGGGGAAGAACGGCUGUCCUCUGCCUUUGAACACUCGUUCAGCUAUCUUUCCGGAUCACUGCCAGCGAGGCCACCAUGGGCGGACAACAGCGAGGUCCUUGCCGAGCCGAACGCCCUUGCGAUGGUCGAUGACGGUCGGAGCGCGAUCCUCAACCAAGAAAGGCUAGAGGCCAUGGGUGGAAUCCGCGUCCUGAGCGCAAUGUCGGACAAUGAGCUGUUACGACUCCCCCGUUUCACACACCUGCUUCUUGCUGGUGUGGGUCCCGGCAUCCUCGACGCACUGCCUGCACUGCUGGACGUGCUCUCAACCACUCUUGUUGUGCUCGACAUUUCGAACAACGACCUGUCGACUCUGCCCACAGCCCUCAGGCAUUGCACUUCCCUGGAGGAGCUCAACGUUUCGCACAACCCCUUGCUCCAACUGCCACCCUUAUUAGGCGAGUGCACUAGCAUGCGGAUGCUUGUGGCCGAUGGGUGUCUGCUCUCCAACCUCCCAGUAGAGCUCGCACAAACGCGCUCGCUGCACACGCUGUGCGUGCGCGGCAACCGCCUCGUUACCCUGCCACCAUGGUUGUGCCUCUUGGCCCACCUCGACACACUACGAAUCGACAACAAUCCCUUCGCGACUCAGUGGCAGCCGAUUGUUGCGCCUAUUCUGGCAUCAACGCUUCGCACCCACUCGCGCUCAUCGUCAGCCGCGUCCAACCACGCUCGUCCGGGAACAACCCAGUCGAUCUACAGGCCCACGACGCCAGGGUUGAACUCGGGGAUGAGCUCGCUCAACGCCUCCCAGUCGUCUGUUGGCGGCCCGUCGUCGUCUGCGGACUCGCUCGGCCUUGGCCUCCAGAACGGACGGGGGCAGCCGGUCCAGCAGUCUAUCCGGACUUUCAGUCGCGGUGCCAAGCAGGACUCUCCGAUGCGUGCCCCAAAUCGCAGCAUAAGCAACCCCAGUCCACAAUCGGAGAUCCUUUCCGACCGCACACCUGUGCCUUCGAACCGCCGCGUGUUUAGUGCCGCGCACUACACGGAUGACUCGGAACCCGAGGGAAACGAGAAGAACAGCAAGUGGGGCUUCCUUCGCAAGGUGUCACUCUCGCGUCUGCGAACAGAAAAGGAGCGUUCUGCCCAGUUGAACGCUUCUGCCGCGGCCAACGUUUCGUCGAUGCCCGCGGGUCCCGUCAUCUCUGCUCCAACCCUCGUUGGUGGUCCCCCCAAGCGUCCGCCUCUCAACGCGAACAGCUGGUCGACCACCAUGAUCCCCGGGAGGCAACGUGGUGCGUCGCAGGGCAGUGUCGACCUCGCCCACACGGUAUCGACUAUGUCGGUCCCCAAGAUGCCAACCCAGCUUGCCGUCAACGCAUACGGAAUGUCCACAGGCGUGCGUAGCAAGCGCCGCAGCUUCCUCCCCAUCGACCCCAGCCCACCCUCCCUGAACGUUUCUAUUCCUUCCAUGUCUCCGUUCAUGGCACCGCAGGCGGCUCUUGCGGACCAUGAGCAGCCGCACGCCACUGGAGACGAUGCUGUGGAGACGUUGGGCGAGGACGACGGGCUGUCGAUGGGGCAUCACACCACUUCGACGCACCACUCGUACGCCCGCUCGGUGGACAACAUGUCCAUCAACGAAAACGAUGGACGUUACUCGCGUGGCUUGGAAUCGAUCAAGAGCUACCUCCGCGACCUCUACGACCUUUCCCUCCCACCGGGAGAACCGUACGGUGCAUUCGAAGUCAUCCAGUCGCAGGCAUCGACCGUCAGCUCGGAGACGCUGUCUCCAAUAGGCGACAACGCCAAACUCCGUGACUCUGUCGCCGAGUCGACAAUGACGACGUCUGCCCGUCACCUCACGAUUAGCAGCGCGAUCCCGUCGCGCAGCGUCUCGAUGGUCAGUGUUGGCAGCGAGCGCCACUCGGCAUACUCGUCGACUGGCGGUCUCGACCCCGAGAUUCAAAAGCGCUACAAGGACGACCCGUCAAAACGCACCCGCGUGCUGCGCGAGAUCUACGAGACGGAGAAGACAUACGUCCGUGGUCUUGACGAGCUGGUUCAGAUCUAUGUUCGGCCAGCCAGCCUCUCGGCCGGCAACUCUAAGGGUGAGACCGUAAUCCCUAUGGCGGAGCGAAAAGUUGUCUUUGGUGGCGUUGAGUCGAUCCUAAUCUUCCACCGCGACAAUUUCCUCCCGGCCAUCGAGAGGGCCAUCAAGCCUCUCCUCCUGGACGGCGACGACCCGACUGGCGCCGUGUCGGCCUUGGCUGCGCACAAGGUCGGCGAGGAGUUCCGCAACUACAUUGCCUACAUGAAACAGUACUCGACGUACAUCAACAACUUUGACAACGCACUGUCACGUAUGAAGACGUGGUUGUUGCCGUCCAACGGCUCGACCACUCCUUCUCCCGCCAAGGGCACGGGCGCUAUUGGCGUUGCGGCUGUCGGCGCAAGCCUGGUUGGCUCAGCAGUCCUCCCAGUGGGCGAGAGUGUGCCGCACACUGGGUCGAACCUCGCACCGGCGCAGCGCAAGCGUGUCAAGACGUUCCUCAAGCGCGCCAAGGAGAACCCCAAGCACUCGCAGAUCAACCUCGAGUCGUACUUGCUGCUUCCAGUGCAGCGUAUUCCACGAUACAAGCUCCUUUUAAGCGAUCUUGCGCUGUGUACGCCUCCGCGCGAGAGUAUCGGGCCGAAUGACGCGCUCGAUGACGCGAUCCACGAGAUCACGACGCUGGCGUCGCUUAUGAACGAGGAGAAGCGCGAGGCCGAGUCUCGGCUACGUCUCUUAGCGUGGCAACAGCGCAUUACGUCGCGUGGCCCGAGCCCACUUGUGCAGCCACACCGCAAGCUCAUUCUUGAUGGCGCGCUCUCGCUCAUCCGCGUGGUCAAGAAGGCGAGCGCAUACGCCGAGGUCGACGGCCCGCCGCAGCUGAGCACUGUCGACGGCGACUCGACAAUUACGGGCAACAAGACGGUUGUGCCGGUCGAGUUUAUCAAGCCCGAGCCGAUGGAGAAGCCUAUCAUGCUCAUCCUCUGCUCUGACAUGCUUGUGCUAGUGCAGCCGCGUGGUGAGGGGUGGGAGGGCAGUGUCGAUCUGUUCUCGGUGCUGCGUAUGGCGACGGUGCGCGAGCCAGCCAGUGUGAGCGCCUCCAACGACCGCGUUCUGCGUGUCGUCGACAACAGGUCAAUCUACUACUUCAAUGGUGGGACGCACGCGACGACGCUCCAGUGGUGCAGGGCCAUCAACGGACAGAACAGUCGCUAG